UAAAAUAUCUUUUCAAAAUGAAAAAACAAAAUUUUCACACAAAUCCCCGUACCCCCCUAGGGCAACUUUUCGAGAAAACAAUUUGAUGCAAACCCCCGUACUCCCCUACGGGGACUUUUCGAAAAAAUUUUUUUUUUCAUUUUGGAAAGAUAUUUUAAUUAAGGGUGAUAGAGAGUCACAUACUGAUGUAUACUAGAUGAAAUUCAUCUGGCAUAUUGUAAGUCUUUCAGUAUUUUUUAAUUGAACAUGAAUGCAUUUACUAUAGAAAAGAGGCUAUUUUUUCGAUUUUUCGAUAAGUCUCCUAAAGCCAUUUUUCAGUGUCCCAGGCGAACUUUUGCAUAACUUUGUACCACUCAGUGGGUACUUUAAAUUGCCAAGUGUCCGACCUUCAUAGAGCUGAUUUUGCUCUAGAUCGGACUCGCUAAACAUCGUGACUUUCGUUAAAAAUGCAUUUUUGGUGAGGCUCUCCUGAACGACUGGAACUAGCUAGAAAGCUGAAAUUUUUAGAGGAACAAGUACUAAAUUAGAUAUAACUAUAGCCAAAAUUUCAGCUCUCUAGGUCGAUCCUUACUCAGAAAAUGCAAGUGCACAAAGCAAUGAAAAAUGACAAUUUUUUAAUUGACUUUGUGGUAUUGGCUUAUUCCAUAAUGAUUCAUUAAUUCAAGCUGAAUUUUUUUUCGGUAAUACAAUAUUAUGAUAUGUAUUAACAGUUAAAAUUUCAAGUCAAAUGCAUGUCUCCUUCAUGAGAUAUAGAUGUCACAAAAAAUCAUAAAAAAUUCACUUUUUUGAUGAGGGUGCUCUCAGAAAAGUUUCAAUAUCUUGGGAACGGAACAAGAUUUUUUCAAACGGCUUGCGUCAAAAUUCAUAGAACUCUUGCCUCUACAAUAUGUAUAAAAUUGAGCAAAAUCUGACGACCUCGGUUGAGCAGGGUCGGUCGUCGCUUAUCUGAACUGGCUCAUAUGUAUUUAUAAAAUAUCUUUGAAAUAUCUUUAAGAAAUGCAAGAGAUUUUUAAAAAAUAUUCUUUAUUUUAAUUUAUUUUUUUCUCUAAAUAUAAGAACAAUCGAGCGAUUUCAAAUCAGUGCAUAUAUUUUUUUUACAACAAUUUACUUUAAAUCAAUCCUUAUAUCUUUGCAUUCAAGUAAUAUUUUUUUUUAAUUUAAAAGUCAUAAUAUAAGGCAAGGCGAUUCAUCAACACGAGAUUCUUUUAAUAGAGACUUUUCGUUUUUCAAAACUUAAAAAAUAGGCGUUGUUUCUUUAUAAGAUUGCAUUUUCUUUUUCAACAGUUUUAGAGAAGAUUUUUUUUGUUGAUCAAUCACGUGCUGUUUUCAACAAUUAGAAGGGUGAUAAAUUUCUGUCAUUUUAGACGAAACUAUAAAAGAAAAGCACGCCAUCAACCUGUACAUUAUAAACUAUGAAUGAUGUAUAUUCACUUAUAUUAUCAUAUUCAUCCAAAUAGUAAUGAUCAUGUGCAGAAGCAAAUGCUCAUCUGACUGCUUCAACAGUCAUGAAUUCAUCUCUAAAUAGUCUCUUGACGAUAGAGUUUAUCACAUUUGAACUCCUUCAAUUUUUUGAGAUUUAUCAAUAGAAAAAAAAUUCUUCAUUAUAAACAUUUUGAAUAACCAACUUUGAUGUAAAAAGCAAUAUUAUUUCUAGAUUUUUAUACUAAAUUGUAUAUCAGACAAAGUAUUAAUACGAUGAAGUAUUUUUAUUUAGAUUUAAUCAGCGUUAUAGUCUUCCCAUAGUCUAAUUUCUUUUGAAUUUAUUUUAAGGUAAUGUGUAAAUUCUUAUCGGUUUGCAUCAAAUGAAUGAGGAAAAGAAAAAAAAAAUAAUUUUGCUUGUUGAAAAAUCUUAUCAAAUGAAGUAUUUUCUAAACUCUGAUAGAAAUCAAAUUGAGAGACAAUAUUGCUAGCAGAAGAACAUUUGAUGAACAUAUGUGUAGAGGGAGACGUUUCUUUAAAGAAAAACACGAUUAAAUGAUAUUGUCCUUAUGUUUAUUAUAAGAAAUUUCUAAUAAAAAAAGCUUUUAAGAAAAGAUUUAUUGAUAUGUUUAUAUUCGAUAUAUAAAUAUCUGUUCAAUCCUGACACUGAGCUGUUUGUCUUCAAUACGGAUUUGAAAUUUUAAAAAUUAUACUUUUAUAUAAUUAUGACCGGAUAAAUACUGUUGAAAACUAUGUACAUAAAGUUUCUUUUUUUGAGAAUGAAUCAAAUCAAUCAUUUAUUGCUUUUCUUCUUUAUGUAUCUUUUGUUUUAUCUAAUAUUUGAAUUAUUUUAUUUAGUAUGAAUUUCAUAGAAUUUUUUUUCCUUUUAUUUUUUUUUGUUUAUUAAUGAAUACUGUACAAUUUCAUAUAAUCGAGUCAAUUGUAAAAAAUAAUAGAAUUUAUGAUUAUUUUAAUAUAGAAAUAUAUUUCUAUUAAUCUUUCAUAAACUUCUCUUUUGGUAUAGCUUAAAGUAUAAAUAUUUUUCAUUGAUGAAAAUCACACAGCUUAUUUAAUGAUAAAAUUCAAAAUGCUAGAAUAGUGCAUCAAAGAUAUGAGAUUCCUUCGAAACACGUCAAAAAUAAAAACAAAAAUUUCCAAGUGAUAAAUUACAAUUAUAAAAACAGCUAAGAAUCCCAUUCGAAAGUUUUUUUUUUAUAAAAGUUAAAAACAAAAUGAAAAAAUAUCAACUUAAGGAUACUUUUCAUAUAAAUGUAAAAGGUUUCGAAUAUUUCAUUUUGUCCUAGUCCAAACCUACAGUUUAAUACGAACUAGUUGAAAGUAUGGAACAUACAUCAAAUAUGAGGAGGCAAGGAAGAGGAAGAAAAAAUAAAUAAAAGAAAAAAAAAAGAACUGCUUUGUCAUCAUUUCAUAAUAGAAAACGAAAAAUUUUUAAAAAUACUAAAAAUAUUGAAUUGAGUAAAUAAGUGUGGGUGUGUUUAAUGAAGGACUCACACCCACACCACACCCACACAUAGAUCAGUAUUUCAUUUGGAAAUUCGGUUAUUUGCUGUUAAUACUAUUCAUGAUACUCAGAAUAAACAAAAGUCAUUAUAAGUUACAAAUCAAAGGAUCAUUUAAUUACAUAAGACAAAAAAGAACUGAAAUAAUAUUUUUUUUCAUCCUUUGAGAAAUUGUUUCUUAGUGUUCAGAUAGACUAAGCGCUGAUAUGUGAAGAUUUAUUUAUAAAUCAAAAGAUGAAUAUAUUAAUGUGUCAAAAUAAUAACAUGUCAAAAAGAAAUAAACAUCGAUCAGAGUUUACCCGACCUCCGAGGAAUUUGAUAAGUUCUAUUUAAUUGUUGUGAUAACUUUUAUGUUAAUCAUGAUGAAAUUGAUCGACAAAAAAAACUUACUCAAUUACCCAUUAAAAAAUUACCUGAAGAAUCAUUAGAAAUUCCUAUUGAGCAAAUCUAUCGACCAGGAAGUGCUCUUGAUAUGCCUAUACGACCAGCAUGGACAUACAGUAGGACUAAAGAACAAUUAGAACAACAAGAACAAACUUAUUUCAAUAUUCUUGCUGGAAUUCAUCCAAUAGCACAAGUUCAAGAACCUUAUACAGCUGUUGGAUAUCUUGUACAAUGGUUACCAAUGACAAAAAUUCUUAAAUUAGGACAACUUGAACAUGAGAAACAAAAUUAUAGUGCAAUGGAUAUUUGUGAAGGUUUUACUGCUGAAAAAGAACGAUAUGCAUCAGAUCCUCGAGCUAUUGAACUUGAACAUCAAAUUCAAUUAGCUGUUGAUGAACAAAAGCGUCCUGAUAGUGAAGCAUUUCCAACAAGUGAUUAUGGUGCUGAUAUUAUUAUUGAAGAUAUAAAUCGUUUUCUAGUUUUUAAUUGUGAUAAUGAUGAAAAAGAACAAGUAAACGAAUGA